AUCCAACACUGAAACUUUGAGUUGUUUGUUGAGAAGCACAGCCCCACAAGCCCCGCCUCGCGCUCUGACGAUUUCCGUUAUUCUGUUGACUGAAGUUGAGUUUCAGUGCGAAACAACGUGAAUGACCCCUUCCCGAACUCAGGAUGUUGCUUUUUCCUGCAUCAGCUCGUGGAGCCCGAAGGGUUGCAACAGAGACCUGGCAGGGACUCACGUCAAAUAGAAUGUGCCUCACAUCACUGAGACCAUGUAAAGUUAUCCAAAGGAACAGAGACAUUGGCCCGUUCUUCUCAUUGAACUUCAACUAUUACAGAUGCUUCAGUAUCAAAGCUGCACAUUGGAAUAAGUCAUCACCCACGGCCGAUCAGAAAACACCUUCUUAUAGUUACAUCGUUGUUGGGGCAGGCUCAGCAGGCUGUGUUCUUGCCAACCGUCUCAGUGAAGAUAACCACGAGUCUGUGCUGCUGCUGGAAGCUGGGCCUAAGGACAUGUUGCUUGGCAGCUUGCGACUUUCAUGGAAGAUCCACAUGCCAGCUGCAUUGACCUAUAACCUCUGUGAUGACAAGUACAACUGGUACUACCAUACUUUACCUCAGGCUCAUAUGAAUGAUCGAGUGAUGUACUGGCCAAGGGGCCGUGUGUGGGGUGGGUCAUCCUCACUCAAUGCAAUGGUGUACAUCCGCGGGCAUGCUGAAGACUACAACCGCUGGCAGAGAGAGGGAGCUAAGGGCUGGGACUACGAGCACUGUCUUCCUUACUUUAGGAAGGCUCAAUGCCAUGAGCUUGGUGAAAACAGGUACAGAGGAGGAAAUGGGCCCCUCCAUGUGUCCAGAGGGAAGACCAACCAUCCCCUUCACAAGGCUUUUAUUGAGGCAGGGCAGCAGGCUGGAUACCCCUUUACUGAUGACAUGAAUGGGUUCCAGCAAGAGGGUCUGGGUUGGAUGGACAUGACCAUUAAUAAAGGAAAGAGGUGGAGUACAGCCAGUGCGUACCUGAGACCUGUCUUGAGUCGACCAAACCUGAAGACUGAGGUUCGCUGCCUAACCACCAAGAUCCUUUUUGAAGGAAACACUGCAGUGGGUGUAGAGUACAUUCAGAAUGGACAGAAAAAAAAGGUGUUUGCAGAUAAGGAAGUAAUACUAAGUGGGGGAGCCAUCAACUCCCCUCAUCUCCUGAUGCUUUCUGGGGUGGGAAAUGCAGACGACCUGAAACAACUUGGUAUUCCUGUGAUUCAGCACUUACCAGGUGUUGGCAGUAACCUGCAGGAUCAUUUGGAGCUAUAUGUCCAGCAGCAGUGCACUCAGCCAGUCACUCUGUUCAAGGCCCAGAAACCGUUCCACAUGAUCAAAAUUGGCCUAGAAUGGCUCUCCAUGUUCACUGGGUAUGGAGCAACAGCUCACUUGGAGAGUGGAGGAUUCAUUCGGGGUCAACCCCAUGUCACGCACCCUGACAUCCAGUUUCACUUCCUGCCUUCGCAGGUCAUUGACCAUGGACGAGUCACCCCUCAGAUAGAGGCUUAUCAGGUUCAUGUUGGACCAAUGAGAAGCACUAGUGUUGGAUGGAUGAAGCUGAAGAGCACCAGUCCCCUAGAUCACCCAAUUCUGCAGCCAAACUAUCUCUCCACUGAUACAGAUGUGUGGGAGUUCAGAGAAUGUGUCAAACUCAGCAGAGAGAUUUUUGCCCAGAAGGCCUUUGAUGCAUUCCGAGGCCCAGAAGUCCAGCCUGGGCCAGAUACCCAGUCUGAUGUUGACAUUGAUGCCUUCGUUCGCCGUAAAGCGGACAGUGCCUACCACCCAUCUUGCACCUGCAAGAUGGGGUCACCAUCUGACCCAAAAGCAGUGGUCGACCCAAGCACGUGUGUUUUGGGUCUGGAGCGUUUGCGAGUGGUGGACGCCUCCAUCAUGCCAAGUAUUGUCAGCGGGAACCUCAAUGCUCCGACCAUCAUGAUGGCAGAGAAGGCUGCUGACAUUAUCAGAGGUCGCCCUUCUCUUGCUGAUCCAGGAAUACCAGUGUACCAACCGCCAACACUGGACACUCAAAGAUAAACAAGGUGCUCAAAGAGAGGUACAAGCAAAUGUUUAGAAGGGUUAUAACACUAUCAGGCAGCAACAGAAUGGUGUUGCUUUAAUGAGUAUAAAUAAUGGUACUUUUAUGGUUUGGUUUUUUUUGUGUAUAUAUGGAUGCUUUGAACUCUAAAAAAGUGCAAAAUUGCAUAAGGCUGGCCGCACUAAAUAAUUUUAGGUCAGAUCUGUGAGAUCUUGUGUCUGUGUGAUCUUGUCUGUAGAAUCACCACUGUGAAAUUGUUACUGAAAGUUUUAAGCAGUUCUAAGGAAUCGUCUCGCCUGUGUGUUCAGAGGAUUGUAAUGUUGAAAACUGGUUGGAACUGUCCUUAUGUGUGUGGUAAGUUAAGAUCUAAAAGUUGUCUAGUGUGUGUGUAAAACAGACAAUAGAAAACCUCUCAGCUUACCUAAUAUUGAAACCAGCAUUGCCUUACAUGAGACAUUUCUACCACAUUUCAUACUGAGAUAAUGGCUUAUCUUGGUUUUCUAGUCAUAUAACACGGUACUUGAAUGUUUCCAUGCGUCAUUAGUCACACGACUGGAUUUCGUGAAACAUCAAACCAGCUACAACCUGUGUUAAAUGCUUUACAAGUUGCAUUCAGUUAUUAGCCGAAAUCUUGCACAACCUUUAUUGCUCUUGUCUGACCAAUGAUCAGCUGCCUGACUUGCCCACAGGCAGUCUGAGCAAUGCUUUUUAUAUAGUCAUUUACGUUUCAUCAGAUAAAACAUACCUCUAAUUUCCUGAAAAUUUGCAGAUUUAACUGUUCGAUUCAACUGUUCUUGUAGUUUUUUCACACAUUAAAUCACAGAGAAGCUUAAAGAAUUACAAAAAUA